UGUAACAAAAGUGCAGUGAUCGUUCCAGAAUCCUCACAAAUUCAGAGCAUUUCACGGGGAUAGUCACCAGCCUCAAGCCAACAUGUCCAAAACGGCCAUGGCACGCCGCCACAACCCUUUGGAAGACGACAUAACCACCGCCGGUGGCCGACUGCGGACAAAGUCGAUCACUGGAAAGAGAAAAUCUAGAUCUGAUGAAAAUGCGCAAGGAGACGGGUACAUUGACGCUCAGUCGUCGAGAAAGAUAUUGGCGAUAGCACAAGACCUCGCAGACGAAGACGCCGAAGAUCGCAAACUCGCCGCCGCGAAACCUGGGCCGCAGUCAAAUGCCGCCUUCGGAUUCGAUUCCAGAUUCGCAACAGACGAAGAUGCCGACGACCAAGACCCCGGCCUAGCAGCUCGGUAUGACGACGACGAAGGAGAAUGGAUUCCCGAGGAAGAAGAGGUCGUGGCCGAGGAGGAGAUGGACCCUGAGGAUAUGGCGGUCUAUAGGAAAUUCCUGCAAGACGGUGAAGAGCUGGCAGAUUUUACACCCUCGAUAGCGCACCUUAUGACCGAAGACCGACGGCCGAAAGGAAUGUCUGCAGUGGAAGACGACGAAGAAGGAGAAGCCACAAACCUGACAGAUCUCAUCCUCCAGCGCAUUGCUGAAAAAGAAGCACUCGAGGCCGCACGUAAUGCUGGGUCACAACACCAGACGUUUUUGGGGUCAGGGCCGCCCGAUGAAGCAGUUGAGAUACCCAUGAAAGUGGUUGAGACCUUCACCAAGGUCGGCCAACUUCUAUCGCGCUACAAAUCUGGACCCUUGCCCAAACCUUUCAAGGUAUUGCCAACACUCCCACAAUGGCCGGAGCUGCUCUCAAUCUCACGGCCUGAAAACUGGACUCCUCAUGCUGUCUACCGCGCGACCAAGAUAUUCAUAUCUGCCCCAUCCACUACUGGGCAAUAUUUUUGUGAGACUGUCCUGCUCGAUCGUGUUAGGGAAGAUAUCCAGGAGACCAAGAAGCUCAACGUCCACCUUUACAAUGCCCUCAAAGCAGCUUUCUACCGACCCUCGGCUUUCUUCAAGGGCUUUCUCUUCACACUCGUGCAAUCAAGCUGCACGUUGCGUGAAGCACAUAUCAUCUCAUCGGUGCUAGCCAAGAUCAAAAUCCCGGUCCUGCACUCCGCGGCGGCUUUACUACGUCUAUGCGAACUUUCAGCAGAACAGACCUCGAAUGUCAACAGCGAAGCUGCAGGUGCUGCGAACAUCUUCAUCAGGGUGCUGCUGGCGAAGAAAUACGCCUUGCCAUACAAAGUCGUGGAUGCCCUGGUGUUCCACUUCCUCCGCUUCCGUGCCUCCAAAGACCCCAACUCGGAAGAAGCUGGGUUGGCCAGCAAAGAAGCCAAAUUGCCCGUCCUGUGGCAUCAAAGUCUGCUCAUCUUUGCACAGACGUACAGGAACGAGAUCACUGAGGACCAACGUGAAGCAUUGCUUGAUUUGCUGCUUCUCAGAGGUCACAAGGACAUUGGUCCGGAAGUGAGACGUGAGCUUCUAGCUGGUCGCAAUCGAGCGGCUGCAGGCGAGAGUGACGGAGCUAUGGUAGUUGACCAUGAAGCCAGGGACGACGGUGACGAUACCAUGGACGUUACGGUGUAACUUGCUGAUAUGGUCCUGCGCGCUGAGAUUGACGAAUGUUAUGAUAUGCCAUGUCCUGGAGGCCGGUAGAGAUGAUGAAUCAAUAGACAAGACCCCUCGCCACCUGUUAA